AAUGCCAGAAGCUCAAGAUGAUCAUUCGCUGGAUUCUAGUUAUUUUCAUGUUGACUGCACUUGAAAUAUCCAUUUCAACCACGCAAACAACCACAACUGAAUUAAUUCCGUGUAUUAUUUUUCCGAGCUUACCAUUAUGUGCACAAUCAACCGAAUCCGCUUUCACAACUUCAAAGGACAUCACGACAACUGCAGCAUCACCUACAACAGCUAAAGACUUGAAAACAACCACAGAAAAUUUUCCGACCACCACAAAUCCACCCUCAACGACAAAAGGAAUAACUACAAGUGAAUCAAUUCCGUGUAAAGAUUUUCCGUACUUACCAAUAUGUUUGGUAAGUACGACGACUACAACAUCCAUAACUGAUUCCACAACUACGAGGGACAUCACGACCACUGCAGCAUCUCCUACAACAGCUGAAGACUUGAAAACAACCACACCUGCUCCUACUACCACUGAUAAUAAACCGACCACCACAAAUGCACCCACAACGACAGAAGGAAUAACUACAACGGACUCAAUUCAGUGUAAAGAUUUUCCGUACUUACCAAUAUGUUUGGUAAGUACGACGACUACAACAUCCAUAACUGAUUCCACAACUACGAGGGACAUCACGACCACUGCAGCAUCUCCUACAACAGCUGAAGACUUGAAAACAACCACACCUGCUCCUACUACCACUGAUAAUAAACCGACCACCACAAAUGCACCUACAACGACAGAAGGAAUAACUACAACGGACUCAAUUCAGUGUAAAGAUUUUCCGUACUUACCAAUAUGUUUGGUAAGUACGACGACUGCGACAUCCAUCUCUGAUUCCACAACAGCGAAGGACAUCACGACCACUGCAGCAUCUCCUACAACAGCUGAAGACUUGAAAACAACCACACCUGUUCCUACAACCACUGAUAAUAUAUCGACCACUACAAAUGCACCCACAACGACAGAAGGAAUAACUACAACGGACUCAAUUCAGUGUAAAGAUUUUCCGUACUUACCAAUAUGUUUGGUAAGUACGACGACUACGACAUCCAUCUCUGAUUCCACAACUACGAAGGACAUCACGACCACUGCAGCAUCUCCUACAACAGCUGAAGACUUGAAAACAACCACACCUGCUCCUACUACCACUGAUAAUAUACCAACCACCACAAAUGCACCCACAACGACAAAAGAAAUAACAACUACGACUUCUGCUUCAUCUACUGAUGAAACGACCACAACAACCGCUCCCACAACCACUAAAGAUAUUACAACUACUACUCUUGCUCCUACUAGCACUGCAGAAAUAACAACAACCACACUCGGUCCGACAACGACCGUAGAAAUAACAACAACCAAUACUUCUCCUACUGCAACUGAAGAAUUAACAACAACUACUGAAGACAAAACAACGACUACGGCCGCUCCCACAACGGCAGUCUCUUCUACAACGACUGAAGAGCCAUCGACUUCAACAACAACUGAAGAAAUAACUACAACUACAAGCUCAACGGCCGAGGAAGCAACAACAACCACUGCUUCUCCUACUACUACUGAAGAAUUGACAACAACAAUAUCUCCCACAACCACAUCUUUAGCUCCAACAACUACUGAGGACAACUCAAACACCGCGUCUACAACCACUGAAGAAAUAACAACCACAACAUUAUCGACAUCCACUGAAGAAUUAACAACCACAACAACAGCUCCCUCCAACCCACAGGCCCAACAUCACUACCAUCACCACCACGAAGUGAUUGGACCUCCAGCCUUCCCGCUUCCACCGCCACGCUUCCCCCUUCCACCUCCACCAUUUCCAUUCAUUGGAUCCUUGCCAGAGGCUGAUUCUGCUGUAAUUGCUAUACUACCUAUUCCGCCUCCACCACCGAUCCCAGCAUUUCCUCGACCACCGCCUAGACCACCACUACCCUUCGGAAACUUUUUUGGAUAAUGUACAUAUGUAUGUGAUCACAUUUAAUUACAAUUAAAACAUUGGUUCUGCAACAAAUCUAACUGAGUUUGUAUUAUAUAAUCAGGAUUAC